GCACCGAGACAUUGAGAAUUGCUCAGAAACACUUCCAACGAUCAUAUUCCAUCUUUCAUUAAUCCUAAUUCUCUAUCUUUUUCACGGGCACCAUGGUAAAUGCCGAAGAAGCAAUUGCUGAUUGGACUCUGUUAGAGGUCCAAACCGCGGCCAAGAAUGGCUCUCUUCGAAAACUAUUACAAAGUCAUCUUAUCGUGCACUGUACUGCCGAGAAGCUACAAUCUUUCCACAAAUCGACCGACAAGUACAAAAAGUUCUUGGUAUCAAAUCUGGCCAAGAGUAUGACGAUAGAUAUGUUUGAGCAUUUCGGCCGGGAAUUGGCCUCAGAGUUGGAAAAAGCGCUCUAGACAAGAUUUGGGUUAAGUUCAGGCCCAUGGGGUGUGAGUCCCAGCGCAGUUAUGAUGUCUUGGGAGUAUGGUCAAGUGAUUGAAGUGAUUGAGUUGGGUUUUCUUCGAAUAUACUCGCUUUAUACAUGC